AUGUUACAAGUUAAGAAAAAUACUUACACAUUUCAAGAUAUAUGUGGAUUGAAUCAAGUUAAGGAAACAUUAUUAAAUAUUUUUAUUUAUCCUAAUUUAUUUCCUCACUUAUUUCCAAAAAAAUUUCGUUGGAAUUUAAUUUUAUUUUACGGGCCUCCGGGUACAGGGAAAACAAUGCUCGCUCAAGCUAUUGCAAAUGAAAUGCGGGCUCUGCUGUAUAGAGUUUCAAGUGCUGAUGUACUUUCCCACUGGCAAGGAGAAAAUUUAUUCAGAGAGCUUAAAACAAUGUCUAAAACAACCAUACUUUUUUUUGAUGAAAUUGAUGGUUUGUGCAGGAAGAGAACUACAACAGAGGAAGACAGUAUUAGAAGAGUUAAAACAGAACUAUUGACUCAACUGGAUGAUUUUGGAUCAGAGCCCGAAAACUAUCAUAUCUAUAUAUUAGGUGCAACUAAUUGCCCGUGGGAACUGGAUUCUGGAUUUAUACGUCGUUUUCGAAAACAAAUUUACGUUCCGCUUCCAGAAAAGUAA